CUCUGCUCUCAAACAGCAGGGCGUCUUUGUGAUUGGUAUUGGAACAAGGAACUCUGACAGUAGAGAGCUGCAGAAGUUAUCAUAUGAGCCUACUUAUGCGCUAUCAGUCUCUGAAUUCACCGACCUCCCUAGUGUCCAAGCACAACUCUCCUCUGUCAUGAGCACAGCACUGGCAAGGGUUACACCUUUGCCACCUACAGUGACGGUGGUGAGACAGCAGCCAGCAGGAAGGGAUGUGGUGUUCUUGCUGGAUGGAUCUGACGGCACCAGAACUGGCUUCCCAGCAAUGCGAGACUUUGUCCAAAGGGUAGUAGAGACACUCAGUGUAGAUGACAACAAAGACCGUGUCUCAGUGGUUCAGUACAGCAGGGAUCCAGCUGUCCAGUUCUAUUUGAACACGUACACGACAAAAGGCCAGAUCCUUGAUGCCGUCAGGGGUUUGAGGCACAAAGGCGGAAGACCCCUCAAUACGGGAGCAGCGCUCCAGUACUUGAGGGAUAACGUUUUCACUUCCUCUGCCGGAAGCAGGCGGCCGGAAGGAGUUCCACAAGUCCUAGUGUUGCUAAGCGGCGGAAAAUCAUUCGACGUUGUUGACGCGCCAGCCGCUGCCCUCAAACAGAUGGGUGUCUUGAUCUUUGCAAUUGGAAGUAGAGGCUCUGACAGCAGAGAAUUACAGAAAGUGUCCCACGAUCCCAGUUACGCUAUUGCUGUGUCC